AUGGCGAAUCUGACAUAUAUCUUAAUUUUACUAGCAAUUGGAGCAUUUUCUGAAAUAAAUGGUCAAAGGGUGAAACGACAACUAGGAACUGGCGGUCAGGGCGUCAUACGCGGACUGUUAGGCGUACCUCAAAACAACGGGAACAACGGGUUCGGCAACAAUGACGGGCGUGGAAACAAUGGAAACAAUUGGAAUAACGACGGACGUGGAAAUAAUGGAAACUGGAAUAACGACGGCCGUGGAAACAAUGGAAACAAUUGGAAUAACGACGGGCGCGGAAAUAAUGGAAACAAUUGGAAUAACGACGGGCGCGGAAAUAAUGGAAACAAUUGGAAUAAUGGUAAUAGAAAUAACGGGAGGGGAAAUAAUGGAUAUGGCAAUAACGGAUACGGAAAUAACGGAUACCGGGAUGGCAGACAGAAUAACAAUGGAUUUGGUAAUAAUGGAUUUGGCAAUAAUGGCAACGGUUUUAACAAUAAUAGACCUCCAGGCAACAAUGCCCCAAUACUCACAGGGCUGCUGAAUGGUUAA